UCAGCGGAGGAGGACAUGAUGUCGAUCGUCAGCAUCGUUGCCAGGGAGAUCUUGGACUCCCGGGGAAACCCCACAGUGGAGGUGGAUCUUCACACAGAGAAAGGUCUGUUCAGGGCGGCCGUGCCCAGCGGAGCGUCCACAGGCAUCUACGAGGCUCUGGAGCUCCGAGAUGGAGACAAGAGUCGCUACAAGGGCAAAGGUGUCUUGAAGGCAGUCGGCCACAUCAACGAUAGUCUGGCUCCAGCUCUCAUCGCCUCAGGCGUCAGCGUUGCGGAGCAGGAGCAGCUGGACAACAUGAUGAUCGAGAUGGACGGCACGGAAAACAAAUCUCAGUUCGGGGCCAACGCCAUCCUGGGAGUGUCUCUGGCCAUCUGCAAGGCCGGUGCCGCGGAGAAAGACGUCCCCCUGUACCGCCACAUAGCCGACCUGGCUGGAAACACAGAGCUGGUGCUGCCGGUUCCUGCCUUUAACGUUAUAAAUGGAGGAUCUCAUGCUGGGAACAAACUGGCCAUGCAGGAGUUCAUGGUUCUUCCCGUCGGAGCCGAAUCUUUCAAGGAGGCGUUGAGGAUAGGAUCCGAGCUGUACCACACGCUGAAGGGAGUGAUCCAGGAGAAGUAUGGUCAGGACGCCACCAACGUGGGAGACGAGGGCGGCUUCGCUCCCAACAUCCUGGAGAACAGCGAGGCUCUGGAGCUGCUGCAGACCGCCAUCGAGAAGGCCGGCUUCACGGACAAGGUGGUGGUCGGGAUGGACGUCGCCGCCUCGGAGUUCUACCGCGACGGCAAAUACGACCUGGACUUCAAAUCCCCCCCCGACCCCGAGAGACACAUCAGCGCCGAGGAGCUGGCCGACAUCUACCAGGGCUUCGUCAACAACUACCCAGUGGUGUCCAUCGAGGACCCGUUUGACCAGGACGACUGGGAGGCCUGGUCCCGUCUCACCGCCCGAGUGGGGAUCCAGGUGGUGGGCGACGACCUGACGGUGACCAACCCCAAGAGGAUAGAGAGAGCAGCCGAGGAGCGAGCCUGCAACUGCCUGCUGCUCAAAGUCAACCAGAUCGGCUCCGUGACCGAGGCCAUACAAGCGUGCAAACUGGCUCAGGCCAACGGGUGGGGGGUGAUGGUCAGUCACCGCUCGGGAGAGACGGAGGACACCUUCAUCGCUGACCUGGUGGUGGGACUGUGCACCGGACAGAUCAAGACCGGCGCCCCCUGCAGAUCUGAGAGACUGGCCAAGUACAACCAGCUGAUGAGGAUUGAGGAGGAGUUGGGCGACCAGGCUCGCUUCGCAGGUCAUAACUUCAGGAACCCCAGUGCACUGUGAAAACCGACAGAUGGACGGAUGAAUGACUCACACACACUCACUCACACAGACUCACACACUCACUCACACACACUCACACACACUGACACACUAAGACACGACAAACAGGGAAUGAGCCAUGUACAAAGAAAGAUUCAUUAAAAAACACACAAGCUAAAGAGCCAAGCAAAAAAAAGACAAAGAUAAAAUAUGCACUGGACUUUAAAUGUGUAGGAAGACGAUGCUGCACACACACACAUGCACAGAGUCGACAGAUGCAACACACGCUCACGCACAUGCAGGGGAAUAAUAUGAACAUAUAACAUUUAUAAGCCAGACAUGCACUGUUACUGUAGUUUUAAAGAGGACAGAGCUGCAAAAAUCCAGAUUAUUGUUGUAAGAGCAGAAAUGAAUAAGUAGAGAAAUGAUAGAAUCGUGUGAAUCACGUGACUGAAAGAGAAUCAAACAUUAAUGUACGAUGCAGAAACACAACUCGGCCGUUUCCGACUGAGUGACAACUACACAACACCCGAACACGUGUGUCCUCCCUGUCCCACUGUCUCCUGGACACUGAGACACCUGCACUCCUCCUCGUCUCU